AUGGCGGGAUCCGUUUGGAACAGAAAUAGCUGGCACUGGGAAGAGAAGAACUACAACAAAUGGGGAGAGUCGUACAUAAAAAAUAAACUGUCCGAUUUGAAAAUCGAAAAGGAAGACUUUUCCGUCUACAUUGACAGGGUGGACAUUUCAGGAAAUGCCUCCGUGUCCAUCCGGAAGGGAAAACAAAUAAACUCCUUCGAGUACGUAAUCAAAUUCGACUGGGUCUUCUGCAAAACGGGGCAAAAUGACGAAUACCCUGGAGGGACUGCAGAGAUAUUGGACUUUUCAAAUUGUUCCGUUGAGGACAACGACUACGCCAUAAACAUAGAGCUGAUUGGAGACAAGGAGGAGUCUAAGCGGGCAUACGAUAUUUUGAGGAAGGACGGAAAGGAGAAAAUAAAAAAUGCCUUGAAGAAUUUCCCACAGGAUCUACUGAAGCACGACUCAAACGAAUCAAGCAAGGAACAGAAGAUCCUGGCGGAGGAAGAGGAAAAACUGCAAAAGGCAAAUGUGCAAAACGUGCACCAGAACCAACCGCAGGGCACAGCUGCGAACAAUGCGAACAUUGCGAACAGUGCAAACCACGUAAAGGAAAACAAAGAGGAGGAAAAAAAAGAAGGGUCCAUUUGGAACAUCAACAACUACCACUGGGAAGAGAAAUGCCUAACCAAGUGGGCUCAGGAGGAAUUAAAAAAUAUGCUGGACAGCUCCACAGUACAACUGAGCAAUAACAUUUUUUUGCAACUGUUCAGUUCCGAAGUGGAUGGUGAAGCUUCUUCCAGCUUGCGAAAAAAAAAAAAAAUAAUAAUUUACGACUUAAAAAUUAAUUGCGAAUGGAAAGCCUUUAAAAAGAACAAAAAUGGUCAAAUCGAAAUGGAAAUCACGGGGCAUGUCAUUGUGAAUGAUAUCAUUUCGGACUUCUCCUCUCACGACGAAAGCAAGUACACAUAUCAGUUCGUCUUUGACAGUACCCAUCCAGAGGGGGCGGCCAUGAACGAGAUCAUAAAGACCGAGGGACCCGCGCAGAUCGAGAAGAUAAUAGAAGCCUUUAUUUCGAAGAUGAUGGAGAAGUAG